AAUCUGGCAACACUUUUACACAGUGCUGCCAGUGAAUUCAGGUUCGUUCUAUACACAAUGCAACGAUCAUUACAGAGAAAUUGAUCUGGCAACACUGACAGAGGUCUAUGGAUUACAACAUCGGGAGUUACGGUUCAGAGUUCAGUGAAUCGGCGAGUGGGAGCGAAGUUCAACAAAAUAAAAUAAACAAACAAAGAAAUAAUGAAUUGUACAAGAAACCUGACAGUGGUAGAUUGGGAUUAUUACAUCACAAACAUCGAACGUUAAAACCAUCGAAGAGGUCAGCGACGGAUCUUGUUGACAUUGAGGAAGGGAAGCGGAUGCGAUAUCAUGGGUUGCUUGCGAUGGAUGCGUAUCAACGUCACAAGAAGCUGGUGAACGAUUACUUGUUCCUUUAUGGAGGAAAACGAUCAGAUUUCACAAGAGAUUCGUCCAAAGAUAAAACUGAUCAUGAUGUCAUAAAGGAGAAUCAUAGAUUUCUAUGGGAGGAGGAGGAGAGUGAGAAGAGUGGAAGAAGUUGGGAGGAGAAGUUGGCUUAUAAAUAUUGGAGCAAAUUAUAUAAGGAAUAUACCAUAUGUGAUCUGGCUAAAUAUAAAGAAAAUAAAAUCGCAUUAAGAUGGAGAAUUGAAAAAGAGGUGAUCUCGGGCAAGGGUCAAUUCAUUUGUUCGAACACCAAAUGUGAUGAAAGGGAAGGAUUACGAACUUGGGAAGUUAAUUUUAAAUACACAGAGGGUGGGGGGAUGAGGAAUACGCUGGUCAAGUCACGAUUGUGCCCCGAGUGUUCGUAUAAACUCAAUUAUCGGCAUAAAAAAAGAGACGUAACAAAGAAAAUUAAAAAACCUGAUCGACGAAAAGAUAAAAUGAAGAAAAUUAAAUCGGAAGAAAUUGAAACAUCAGACCCCUCAACUUCAAGUCGAGGUGGAAACCCCCGCCCCGAUGAUGACGACCAUAUUUGGACGAAACCUAUACCUGUCGAAGAUACCAAGUCAAGGGAAGACGAAUUUGAAGAUUAUUUUGACGGAUUGUUUCUUUAAAUAAAUUAAACGAAUAUUUA